UCUCGGUAAUGGACUCUGGUAAAGGAGAACCACAAAGCGGUCGUAAGAAGAGAGUGUACAUCAGUCUUCCAAAGAAACACAUGGCCAACUUGGCAGAACACUAUGAGCUGGAACACGGACUUGUAAUUCGGCAGCUGAACCCUUACAUAAACGAAGGGUACCUACAAGCUUACUUCAGAGAGUGGGGCACAGUCACAGGGUGCAGGAUUUACAAAAGCCAUUCCCCGGAAAAUAGUAAAGGACUGGCCUUUGUCAGAUUCUCUACAGGGGAUGAGGCGGACAUGGCAGACUGGGCCGGCCCUCACUACAUCGGAGGCACUGAGGUGGACACAAGGAGAGUCGUGAGCCCAAAGAUGGAGGAGGAUUCGGACAUGGACAUCGCAACAGUCACUGCUGUUUCUGGGCCGAAGCGGAGGCGCUCCAUGGGCCUUGGGUACAUUUUGGAGGAUGCCCAGUGGUUAGAUGAUGAGUUGGAGGAAUAG